CGGCUUGCCGAUUAGUUUGUUGUUGAGCCUCGCCUGGAACGGUCGUCACUACAGUCGAGCUCCGAAGUCGUGUCAAGUGAUAACGCGGGAAACAAAGCACUGGAGAUGGGCCACUCGCUGCCGCUGCUCAUCCGUCUUGUCGUUGUCGUCUGGCUGGCAAUUAGUACGGUCAGCGCCUGUCCCCGGGCGCCCACCCACUUGAACCACGGUCGACGCACACGCGGCGACAAUGGAUACAAAUUAAUUGUGGCCGAUGGACCCAACGGAUACGUGCCCGGCAAGACGUAUAAUUUGCUUUUGCUCGGAUCCCGAACGCACACAAAAAUUCAGCAUUUUACCCACUUUACCAUUGCGGCUGAGGCUCAUACUGGGGCACGACGUCCCCAGGCAGCGAAUCCGAGGCGAGUGGGUCGCUUCCAGCUGUUCAGCGACUCCUUAACCCAGUUCAACGACAGAUGUGUGAACACAGUUUCCGAGGCAGACGAUCUGCCCAAAACUGAGGUCCAGGUGAUGUGGGUGGCUCCGGAGGCGGGUUCCGGCUGCGUUUCCCUGUCGGCGAUGGUCUACGAGGGUCCCAAAGCCUGGUUCGCCGACGAUGGUAACCUGUCCACUGUGAUUUGUGAGCGAAAACCAGACGCAGCUGCUGCCCAAAAGGAAUGUUGUGCCUGCGAUGAAGCCAAGUACAGCUUCGUUUUCGAGGGUAUCUGGUCGAAUGAAACGCAUCCCAAGGACUAUCCCUUUGCCAUCUGGUUAACGCACUUUUCCGAUGUGAUUGGCGCCUCGCACGAGUCCAAUUUCUCCUUCUGGGGCGAGAACCACAUCGCCACCGCCGGAUUCCGUUCCCUGGCAGAGUGGGGCUCCCCUGCUGCGCUCGAAACGGAGCUGCGGGCGAACGGACCCAAGCUGCGCACUCUGAUCAAGGCCGCCGGUUUAUGGUAUCCGAAUGUCAACCAGAACACCUCCUCAAAGUUCCGAGUGGACCGCAAGCACCCGAAGGUGUCGCUGGUCUCCAUGUUUGGCCCCUCGCCCGACUGGGUGGUGGGCGUCAGUGGCCUAGACUUGUGCACCGAGGACUGCAGUUGGAAGGAGUCCCUGGACUUUGACCUGUACCCCUGGGAUGCGGGCACCGACAGUGGUAUCUCCUACAUGUCACCCAACUCGGAGACCCAGCCUCCAGAGAGGAUGUACCGCAUCACCACCAUGUAUCCCGAGGACCCGAGGGCCCCCUUUUACAACCCCCAGAGUCGCGAGAUGACCCCCUUGGCCAAGUUGUACCUGCGGCGCGAAAAGAUCGUCUCCCGGAGCUGCGAUGAUGAAUUUCUUAAGGCUCUCCAGCUGGAGGUUUCCGACGACGCCGAGGAGCAGGACACUAGAGCCGAAUGCCGGGUGGGCGAUUACUCGGCCUGGAGCCCCUGUUCCGUGAGCUGCGGCAAGGGAAUUCGCAUGCGCAGCCGCCAGUACUUGUACCCUGCGGCGGCGGAACAGAGCAGGUGCUCCCGCCAGUUGGUGUCCAAGGAGAUGUGCGUGGCAGCCGUAGCCGAGUGUCCCGCCGGCGAAGGUGGCUCCUCGCAGCCGAGGGAUCGCGACGACGACGAGGGCGAGAACCUGGCCAACUCGCAGUCGCUGGUGGGAAACAACGGCGAGGGAGCCGGCCUGUGCAAGACCUCGCCGUGGAGCGUGUGGUCCGAGUGCUCGGCGAGCUGCGGCAUCGGAAUCACCAUGCGUACGCGCACCUUCGUCAACCACCUGGGGCGCAAGCGGUGUCCCCACAUCACGGUGGUGGAGAAGAACAAGUGCAUGCGGCCAGACUGCACGUACGAGCAGGUGGAGCUGCCGGACGCCCAGUGCCCGACCACGCAGUGGAGCGACUGGAGCCCCUGCACCUCGACCUGCGGACGGGGAGUGACCAUCCGCACCCGCCUGCUCCUGCUGGAGAACGGCCCCGAGAAGGAGAACUGCACGCGGCGCAUGGAGCUGCACCAGCAGAAGGAGUGCGUCAACCCCACGGACUGCCACAUUAACGCGGAGCAGGCCAGGGACAUCUGUGUCCAGGCUCCGGACGCGGGUCCCUGCAGGGGCAACUACAUGCGCUACGCCUUCGACCCGCAGAGCCAGCGAUGCGGCUCCUUCAGCUACGGAGGAUGUCGCGGCAACCGGAACAACUUCCUCACGGAGAACGACUGCCUGAACACCUGCCACGCGGUCAGGAGUGGACAGCCCUCGAGGGGUGACCAGCCUAAGGGCUGUGUCCUGUCGGAGUGGUCCGCCUGGUCGUCCUGCAGCGUCGCCUGCGGAGUCGGGGUCUCCGAGAGCCAUCGCUUUGUGGUCAGCGAGCCCCAGAACGGCGGACAGGCGUGCUCCAAGCGCCUGGUCAAGUCUCGUCCCUGCUCCAUGCCGGCAUGCUAGGAAGGAACGCCACUCCUAAUUGCAUUCUUAAUCCUCUGGGUUUAAAGUUUUUUAAUUGUAACUUCUGAAAUCCUAAAUAAAGACGUGUUUUAUACAA